AGGAAGAUGGAAGCCGAAGGGGAGGUUGAGAUGAAGGAUGCGCCGGCGGAGAAAGGGAAGAAGCAGGAUAAGAAGAAGGAGGGCGGGGAGGCUGAGAUGGAGAUGGAUGUUGAGUGAGCGAUGCACACGACUCAAGAGGAGGUCAACCAGACGGCGGUCGGCAAGGUCGGCCGGGCCAAUCAAGCUGCGGGCGUGAGGGAGGAAGGAGACAGGGCAAGCGGGGUCAUCACAACAACAUGUCUAGCCGACAUCCCUUUUGGGUCUGAUGCCGUCCGCAGAUCUCCACGCCAGCGGCAUGUCCUGGAAAGCCCAAGUUUCGCCAUCGAUACAAUGGUACCCAGGACAAGGGAUAUUGCUGCCGGACUUGUGGUACAAUCCACUGCCACAGUCAGAGGCUCCUGCAGAGUCACUACCGCACAAAAUAGCGUCCUACCCAACCACGCCUUGUCCCCCUUAUGCCCCUUCAACAGCCUGGACACAGAAUGUGAAGGAAGCCGUUGCGGCGACUACGCCGACAGCCAUUUCGGUAAGCAGCCGCCAUGCAUGAAGCUGUGCCUAAACACGUCCUUGCAUGGCUGGACAAUAGCGGGAAGAUAUAGCGAGAGGUUACUUUUCGCGGAGGACACCAGACGCCAGAAAGUCCACAUGAUAUAACUCAACGACCUGGGAAUAUCCUACGACCUCGAAUUACUCUAAGUACAAUGUAAUAUAACUAACCCAAACAGAUAGUGCCAAU